AUGUCGAACUGGGGACUAUCAAUCAUGAAGAGCAAGCCCGGAUGGGCACAGGACGAGGCCAACUGGGUCAGUGCGAAGCAACUAGGACAGCCGUAUCUUUGGAAGCUUCUCCAGGAUCUUGCUCGAGCAGUAUAUGCCAUGGAUAAUCCAACCGGUGACGGACUACCUGGAGAUAGCUUUGUGGGUCACAUCGACUUCAAGCCUGAAAAUAUUUUCCUCUGCAUGCCUGAUGAGUCUGAGUUUCCCAAGUAUCCCAUCGCCAAGUUGGCCGACUUUGGAGGCGCUAUUGUAUCUGGACCAUACGACGAUCGCCAAACACACCGCGACAAAAUGCAAACGACUGCAAUGACUAACGGAUACGUUGCGCCCGAGGUACUGCGGUUCCGCCUCAUGCCUGGUGAAAAUCACGAGGUCCCGGCAAGAGACAGCAAACCAGGCGUCACACUGCACAACACCCCCCGAAGAAUCACCACUGCCGUAAAUGUUUGGAAUCUUGGUUUGAUCAUCGCUGAGUUGAUGUGCCCGAAGAAGUUUUAUGCUCCGGCCUUGACGUUGAAAGCAUAUGACGCUCGCGAUGCAUGGAUCGAUGAUUUUGUCAAGCAAAAGGACUCCAUGACCAACUAUAGCGAGUUACUCAAGGACACGGUCAUCUGUUGUCUGAAGUACUUCCCUGACCAGCGACCAACACCGACACAACUUCUUACACUAAUCGACAAAGGUGUGAAGGAUCAUGCUGGCCUUAUGCAAAAUAGAGAUUGUCUGGACCCUAAGAAAUACAACGGGCAACAUGAUCUUCCCCCCAAGGUAGCAAUUAUAGACAAGUACAUCGUCACACAUCCAGAAGACGAAGAAGAUUGGGAAAUGACGGAAGAAAUCUAUCCACAAGCAGGAACAUCUGAUGAGGAACACUGGGAAAACGUCCGGCGUAGCACCGCAGUGGCAGGCGCCGCUCCUCAAGACACGCCAAUGGUAGAUUUUGUUCUCGGUCCACGGGCACGGACGUCUCUUCUCAACUUCUUCGGUGCUGCUCCUCGCAUCAUCGCUGGAACGAUUGAUACUGCUGGGAUAGCAGAUGCUCUCAAUAAUGACAUGGUCCCGUAG